AUGGUUUUAUUAUAUAAAAUACAAGCAUAUCUACAGUUCCGCCAGAUCCCACCACAGAAGCUGGACCAGAUGUGCAGCUCCGGCUACGUUCUAAAAAUAUUUUCUAUAUGCCGAUCCCAAACCCUUUUCUGUCGUCGCCAUUCCUGUUACCAGCUUUCCUGGGACCUAUUGGACUAUACGGAAGCCCAGGCCGCAUGCAAAAAUAGCGAUGGUGAAUUAGCAUACGUGCCUGAUGAAGCUACGAAUCUUUUUCUGGCUUCAAGUUUUGGAAAGCAUAUCACUGGUAGGGUAUGGAUCGGGAUAGAGUAUGAUCACGAGAUGAAAAUGUGGACUCGUCAUAAUGGACUUCGGGCUCAGUGGGUUAAUCCGUACAGCGAGAUAGCAGAGAGGGCGUCAAAGGGAGCGUAUACGCUUCUCGGAAAUGGAAACUGGAAAGAAGAGUCAAAAGACGAAAAGCACGCCCGGAUUUGUGAAUACCCAUAUUCUAAUGCUGCUACCCAUGAACACAUUCGACAAGACGCAUUAAUGAAUGUGACCCUGGAGAUGGAGGGUCAUAUGAAUAGGACCGGAGAGAAGAGAGAUCAAGUUAUGAAGCUAAUAGAAACCUUCAAUGUAACCAUGACACGUCUCUAUACUACUACCGAUGAAUUAUGGGACAAUUUUACGGACAUCAAAGAAGAUCUCGACCUCGUGGUCCGCAACUUCGUUGCCUUACGGCAAUUAACGGAACAGGCGUUUUCUAGCGAAUCGGAAGCGCAUAAAGAUGUGGAAGCUGAGCUGCAACGCAAGAUUGAUGAUACUACAAGUGAUAUAACGGCGCUGAUGGACGAUUUACAACGAAAAAUGACUUUGCUUUGGUAUCUGCUCUUCUUUUGCUUUGUCGGGAUUGCCAUUUUCGUGGCCUGGAGGAAAGGGUGGUUUUUGGAGCUGUAUUCGCGUGGCAAGGAGAAGUAUAACAGAAUUCGUAGCAGGCCAUCAGCUACAUCACAGUCAACUGGGCAAGCAAAUAAUUCUGUAUCAAAUCAGUGCUAUGAAGAGGCU